AAGCAAUAAACCAAACUUCAGCAAUGAUCCUAACCUUUGAUUUCUAGAGUCGAAAGCAAGCCCCGUUGGCGGCAACACACGUUGUAUCCUGAGUCGCGAGAGGGGAAAAAAUAGCUCUGUCGCAGCCCCAACCUUUCCAUCCUUUCGUCUGCCUAAAACGCUGCAACCUCUCUCGCUCGCUCUCUACUUGAGACGGAAGAAUAAAAUCAAUGGAGGAUCUGGAGAAGGAACUUUCAACGCAUGGCCUGACGAUUUCCUCAUUUCCUGACAAAGGCCGUUGUCUCUUUGCGACCAGAGACUUCUCUCCAGGAGAAGUGAUUAUUUGUCAAGAUCCUUAUGCCUCGACACCAACUAACUCACCUGCUGACCUAAGAUGUGAUGGAUGUUUUGCUUCUAGUAACCUAAAAAAAUGCUCAGCAUGUCGGAUAGCAUGGUACUGUGGGAGCAGAUGUCAGAAAUUAGAAUGGAAGUUGCAUCAACUUGAAUGCCAAGCUCUUGUAGGACUUAAUGAGGAUAGACGGAAGAUGCUUACGCCUUCUAUACGUUUGAUGGUGAGACUUGUCCUGAAAAGCAAACUGCAGAGUGAGCAGGUGAUCCCAAGUACUGCUACAGACAACUACAAUUUGAUCGAGGCAUUGAUGGCCCAUAUGUCUGAUAUUGGUGAGAAAAAGCUAAUCUUGUAUGCCCAGAUGGCUAACCUUGUCAAUUUAAUACUUCCAUCGCUAGAGAUCAACAUAAAAGAGGUUGCACGAAACUUUUCAAAGCUUGCGUGCAAUGCUCAUACAAUCUGUGACAGUGAACUCAGGCCCCUGGGGACAGGGCUUUACCCUGUAAUUUCCAUCAUUAACCAUAGUUGUUUGCCCAAUUCGGUGUUAGUAUUUGAAGGAAGAUUAGCGGUGGUUCGUGCUGUGGAACCUAUAGCCAAAGGUGCUGAGGUGUCAAUUAGUUAUAUAGAAACUGCUGCGAGCACUACAACUCGGCAGAAAGCUCUCAAAGAGCAAUACCUCUUCACUUGCACAUGUUCCCGCUGCAUGAAAGUGGGCCUGUAUGAGGAUCUUCAGGAAAGUGCUGUUCUGGAAGGUUAUAGAUGCAAGGACAAGAAAUGUGAUGGUUUCUUGCUACUUGAUUCCGAUAAAAAAGUGUUUAUAUGUCAACAAUGCGGGCUUGUUAGGACUCAACAAGAGAUUGAAAAGAUUGCAACUGAAGUUGAACAGCUUUCAGAAAAGGCUACUCUUUCUCAAUCCUCUGGCAGUAUCCUGCAAUCUUCUUAUUUUUUUGAAGCCAGUGCUAUGUAUAAGAUCAUUGAGCAACUCCAGCUGCAACUCUGUCAUCCACUUUCAAUCAAUUUGAUGCGAACUCGAGAAACUCUUCUGAAGAUUUUGAUGGAGCUUAAAGAUUGGAGAGGAGCACUAUCAUAUUGCAGAUUGACAAUUCCAGUCUAUGAGAGAGUAUACCCCGCAAUUCAUCCCUUGGUUGGACUGCAAUAUUACACUUGUGGGAAACUAGAAUGGUUAAUUGAGGAAACAAGGGUUGCUCUUAAAUCCUUCACAAAAGCUGCAGACGUACUGCGGAUCACACACGGGACGAGUACACCUUUUGUGAAGGAACUCUUCAGCAAGCUGGAGGAAGCUCGUGCCGAAGCUGCUUACAGUCUCAAGCAACAUGAUUGAGUGCUGAUUUUCUUAUGGAGCAUGAAUUGUAAAAUAACCAUCUUGGCUAGCAGAGUCACUCAUCAGAGAGACAAGUUGUAUUUGUUAACUUAGCUACAGCUUCAUUCAUCGGCCUGUUGGACACAGCAUGCCACUCUUCCAGUUGAGGUUGCUGCACUCCUUUAGUUGAAUAUGCAGUGGAAUGUAGCCUCUUUUUAACCAUGUGCCAUGUGCAUGAUGUAACCAAAGCCUUCACGAUUAUCUACAAAUGUUGGCUCUCAUACUGGGUCCACGUUAAAAAAAAAUCAUGAACGCAUGUUAGUUCCAAAUUCUUUUGAA